UACAUCUCUCCUGCGCAGAAAUUGUACUCUCUAACUUCCUGCAUUAAAAAUAAAACUUGUUAAUUUUCAAUUCAGAUCUCCGUCAAUUUUUGAACAUGCAAUGGACCAUUUGAGUCCAACAAUUGGUGACCCGACGACGUGAUUGACUGGAGACUGUCAAAUAGAUGAACAAUUAUUUCUGAUGCCAAAUCCAGAGGCGCCUCUCUAAAAGAAAGGUAAGCAGAAACCUUUUUCUAAAAUUCUGCUAUUGAACAUUCUAAAUAAAUGGCUUUUGGCAUCGGUAAAUACGUUGUUCAUUUCUUUGAUACAUUUGAUGCAUGCAGGAGGUUACAGACUACAUAUAAAAAAAAUAAUAAAAAAAAAAAAAAAGAGAAGAAUGAAUUGUGAUAAAGUUAGGGUGAAUCAUUAGGAUUUACGGAGAAGUCCUGUUCCCUAAAUAGGCAAUUAGGGUAAAUCACUAGGAUUUAAAGAGAAGUCCUGUUCCCUAAAUAGGCAAAUAAAUUGGAAAUUGUUUGUCUUGACGAAGUCACUCAUAUUUCCAAUUAUCAGGGUAAAUACAUCGGUAUUUAAAAUACAUCGGUAUUUAAAGUCCUUUCCCUGAGAAGGCAAAACCCCUGAAGAUUCCUCUUAUUCUGACGAGAAUUUGACAUUUUCAGGUAAAUUAUCAGGGUAAAUACAUCGGUAUUUAACAGGGUAAAAGUACAUCGGUACUUAAAAGUACAUCGGUACUUAAGAAUACAUCGGUAUUUAGAAGUCCUUUUUCCCUGAGAGAGGCAGACCCUUGAAGAUCCCUCUUAUCCUGACGAGGAUCUGACAUCUUCAAGUAAAUUUCUCAAGGAUAGCAGGUUUAGUGAAUUGAGAAAUAGUGAGAGUGUAGGGAUACGGAUAAAAAGUAAAUAAAUAAAUAAAAAAAUAAAAUAAAUAAAAAAUUCAAAAAAAUGGAACGAGAAUUUGAUAGAGAAUGUGAGGAAUAUGAUUGUCCUCCACUAAGACAACAAUGGGAUAAAAUGGUAGAUAUCUUAUUGGCACAAACUGAUAAAAAAGAUAGGAAAAACAGAUAAAAGAACUCGGAGAAUGUACGCGCGAAAUGAUUGAACAUUAUAGCACUGAUUGUAUGUACAAAAAGAGGUCUCUGUUUCAGAAAGUGGGAAUAAAAGAGAAAAGAGCACAAGAAGCUGUUUUCAGACACUGAAAAGAGGAAGUAGGGCUGUUGCACAAGCGAGCCCAUGCAAAGAAAGAAAAACAGUUAGAUGCGAUUUUGAGAAGAUGGUCUAGAGACACACUUGCAGCAGCUGUGCUAAAAUCAAAGAAAAGGGAAGUGAACAGCAAAGAAGCUGAAGCUAAACUGAGUAAGAGAUAGGAAGCUGAGGCGAAGACUGAUCAGAUAGCGACGCCCACUACCCCCACCAUACAGAGACUAUACUAAGAUCACUCACCCCCGUAAAACCCAACUUCAAGCCAGCAGCCAAAGCAGUUAGUGGUCAAUAGAGAACAUGAAAUUUAAACAUUGGGAUGGUGAAAAUGGAGCAGCAUACAUAAAUAGAUGCUGUCAAGAGUGGGAAAAGGCAUGCGAUGAAAACCAAAUGUCUAACUCUGUUACUAAUAGAAUUUUCAGGGCAGCAGUGUUACAAGGAGCUCCUGCUGGUGUGACCCAGGCCAUGGAACAGUCUCCUGAGGUACCAGGCAGUGAUGAUACUAAAUGGGAAAGGUAUGCAGUAGAUUUCAUAGACAAAGCAGUGGAAAGAGCAAAGAGGGAAGUGAGUUGCUAAAGCUGCAAAAGAACUUCUGAAACUGCAGUUUGAGGAGAGGAAGUCAGCUAAAAAUAAAAUAAGGGCCUGAAUGCCUCCCCACUUCCUGAAACAGACAACCCAAUAACACUGUUUACAGAUGGUAGCUGCCAAAGGGCAGAUGAUAGAACUCUGAAAGCAGGCUUUGCUGUGGUCAAAUUACAGAAUGAUCAAUUGGUCACCAUACAAUCUGGAACCCCUAAUUGGCAAACAAUCUGCACAAAAAGCAGAACUAUUGGCCCUAAUCAAUGCAUUGAGACACUCAAAAGGACAGUCUGUCAACAUCUACUCUGAUUCUGCAUAUGCAGUGUCCACAGCCCACGUGGAGCUGCCUGUGUGGAUCAGAUGUGGAUUCACAACUUCUUCUGGCCGGCCUAUUACUCAUGAGAAAGAAGCAAGAGAGCUCUCUGAAGCCAUAAUGUUGUCAAACAAAGUGGCUUUCAUUAAGUGCACUGGUCAUUCUCAAGGAACUGACCUAAUAUCAAGAGGGAAUGAAGCAGCAGACUUGGCGGCAAAACGUGCCUCAGACUACAUAAAAGGUCAGUUUGUGGUCACAUCUGAGCCAGACGUGACUUCCCUCCUACCAGAAUUCUCGAGAGAAUUCUUAUCUAAGCAGCAAGACAUGGCUGCUCCUGAAGAAAAGUCUGUGUGGAAAAACAAAGGGGCAAUCAGACACGAGGAUGGGCUUUGGACAGCACCUGAUGGUAGAGCUUUGCUCCCAGCGUCACUAGUCCCAAGUGUGUUGAAAGAAGCCCACACACAUGCACACUGUGGUGAUAAGCAAAUGUCGCGAGCAUUGCAAUCAUGGUGGCAUCCUUUUAUGCCACACCUAAUUUCUGGGUACAUAAGGACAUGUGACAUUUGUCAGAUGCACAAUGUCAAACCAACUAUGAAACCAUCUCAGGGAUCGUUCCCAUUGGCAAAUGGCCCUGGGAAUGAAGUUAUAAUUGAUUUCACUGACAUGAUUGAAAGGGUAAAUGGUAAACAAUACUUGCUUGUUAUGAUUGAUGCAUAUACAAGAUGGCCAGAGGCCUUCCUGGUGGGCAUGGAAGACAGCACUGCUGUCAUUAAAUGUCUGAUAAACCAUUACAUCCCACGUCAUGGUUUUCCAAGCCGGGUUAGAUCUGACAAUGGCUCACACUUUAAAAAUGAACAUCUGGCUGAUGUGGAAAAGGCAUUGGGUUUAGUACACCAUUUCGGGGCAGUCUAUCACCCACAGUCACAAGGUAAGGUUGAGCGGUUGAAUCUAACAUUGAAAAACAAAUUGGCUAAAAUCUGUGCACAGACUAAAUUGACAUGGUUAGCUGCUCUUCCACUGGCUUUGAUGUCAGUAAGGACCCCACUACAAUUGCAACCAGUACAACCGUUAUCACACAAAAUCUAUUAUGACAAAUUGACUGCUCUAAUUGAAUCUUUUGACAAAAUGUUACCAACUGAUUUUUGGGGACACGAAUAUCCAGCACCCCUACCUGACCGAACUUGGGACUGGGUGAGAUUGAGAAUCUACAGGCGUAAAUGGAAAGAGCCUCGCUGGUCUGCUCCAAUUAAAGUAAUUGCACGCACAUCUCACUGUGUUCGUCUUGCAGGAAAAGGUGACACUUGGUACCAUCUGAGCCAGUGCUGUCCGGCGGACCCACCAUCCAGAUCAUUGGACGACAUCAGAGUGGACCUUGCUUUGCAGGUCCAAGAGAGGGAGGAUACCACAGGAGGUACAGGAGGGAGUGAGGGUACCACAAAAGGAGGUGACACACAAACACGUACACACGAUAACAAUUUUCAUCCAUCACAAAGUAACCUACAAACUUUGCAGGUGGUCCACAAAACUGGGGAUUUAUUCACAGCCCCUAAAGGAGAAGCUGUAGCCCAUUGUGUCAGUGCAGACUGUGCAUUUGGAGCGGGCAUAGCGAAAAAUUCAGAGAAAGAUAUAGUGUUGACAAGGUAAAGGCCCAGAGAAAAACGAAAGGUGACUGUGCUAUAACUCACGAGGCAGACAGAAUAGUUCUCCACCUGAUCACAAAAACGUUUGUCAGAGACCUACCCACAUAUGAGGACUUUGAGAGCAGUCUAAUCUGCAUGAGAACGUGGUGUGACAAAUUACACCACCAGAUUGUCAAUACCCCGGCUGGAGUGUGGUUUGGACAAGUUGGAAUUCUAUAAGAGUUCUCCACAUUAUUGAAAAGACGUUUAAAGGCCAGAAUAUAACUAUUUCAGAUUAUACGUUAGAAUAAGUUUACUGUGCUUGUUAUUUUUUAUUGUAGCUUUGAUAUUGAUUAUAUAGUACUUGCUGUUAACACGAUAACACUGUGAAAAAUAAUAUAAAGGGAGGACCAGAAUUGAAUAAUAAGAAAAACCAGCAUCAAUAAAACAUGAGGGUCAAGUUGUGGGAAAACUGGAAACUAUUGGGGAUAGUGGGGAUAUUAACACUGAUAAUAGUGGGGACAAUUCUAGGAGUAGGAAAAAGUCACAACAGCAAUGAAACCUCAACUGUAAAACCAACCAGAGUAAAAAGAUCCCUAGGGGAAGAAAACAGGUGUUCCAAGUAUUAUGGAGGGCUGUCCAUUGAAUAUGUAAAGGGAGAGACAACAUCUUACACAUUUGAUCUAUGUCAGGUAAUUGACUGUGGGGGACACAAUAGUUUGUGGCGAGGAUAUGACGUUUGUUUUGAUCAGACUAUGAAUGCAUGGUGUAACACGAUGGGUAAAGCGGAUAAUAAGUGGUGUAGAGGGUGGGAUCAAGUAGUGGGGUACACAGGGAAAUGGACGCCAAACCCAACAUGGUUAGGGAAUUUUAAAAACGAGUGGAGAAAACUGAAAAUACAAAGGGAUUAUAGUCCUACCCAGAACCCUAUUACUAUGUCAAUAGGGGAGUGGACAGGAUACCCCCUAGAUAAGACCCAUUAUGCUGGAAAAAACAAUCCGCCUAAGUUUCUCCAUAUACUAUUAGGAGUCGAGAUAUCAGGAACUGACCCCCUGGGAAUCAUAGAAGUUGAGUUUUUAGAUAAGGUCAAUGUAAUAGAUAGAAACAAGACAACGACUAUAGGACCCCAAUCAGAGAUCAUAGUAGAGAAAUUAGAGGUCGAAGGGUUGUGAUAGAAAUGGAUUAUACCAAAUUAACCCCAGAGGAUAUACUAGAGAAAGCAUAUUAACCCUUUGUGGUGCACACAGAUUAUCAACAAUGCAGGGGAUAUAAUAGGAACUUGGGCGCGGGGCGGACUAUAUUAUUAUUGUGGAGGGAAAAGAUUGUUUGUAAGAUUAAAAGGGAAAACUACAGAAGGUAUAUGUGCAAUGGUCAGGUUAGCUGCACUAGUCACAAUGAUUGGACAUAAACACCAAAUUACAGCCACGAGACGAGGGAGAAGCUUUGAUCUAACAACUAAUUGUUGAACCUAUAUAGACUAAAUAGGGAUCCCUUGAGGAGUCCCUGAUGAAUACAAACUAGUAGACCAAAUUGCUGCCGGGUUCGAGAAUAUCCCAAUAAUUUCAGCCCUAUUCCCGGUCACCCCAAGUAAAAUGUGGAUAGAAUAAAUUAUGUGCACUAUAAUGUCAUGAGAUUGGCAAAUCUGACACAAGAUGCCGUAGAAGGAUUAUCAGAACAAUUGGCUCCAACCUCAUUAAUGGCAAUACAAAAUAGAAUAGCACUAGACAUGCUAUUAGCGGAAAAGGGGUGCCAUGUUCCAAGAUUUUUGCUGCACUUUUAUUACCAAUAAUACUGCCCCAGACGGAUCAGUAACGAGGGCUUUAGAAGGAUUAAAAACCCUUUCCAAAACAAUGGCAGAACACUCUGGUGUAAAUACCCCAUUUGAUGAUUGGCUGACCGGUGUGUUUGGAAAAUAUAAAACCAUGUUUACAUCAAUUUUGAUCUCUAUAGCUACAUUUGUGGCCAUAAUAGUGACCUGUGGAUGCUGUUGCAUCCUUUGUAUCAGAACAUUGUGUAACAGGGUGAUAAUAGCAGCAAUUGAAAAGAAAGAUGGAGCUCCACCCCCUUACACAAUGCCUCUGCUGAUAUCUCCUGGAAAUAAUGAUGAGGAGGAAGAGGAGGAGGAAUAUGACUUAUAAAUGUUGUUUUUCCCCAAUAACUGUGCUUCUUUGCAGAUGCUGAUUCAUAACAAGUUAUGUGUUUUUUAGAUAUUGAUGUUUGAGAAAUUUGCUGUUUGAAAAUGUGUUAAGAUUUAAAUUUUGAUUACUGAAAUGUUUGUAGUCUAGAUAAUUUCAGUGUGAUUGACUCAGCUGACAUGUUGUGAUUGCCCAAACGUCAAUUAGGGGAUCGACUGGGUGCCUUUCCCCACAGGGGUUUUCGGCCCAGUCCAGCCUGAGCACACUGGUUUGUAGGGAAUGUUAUUUAUUUUUUUUAUUUUUUAUUAUUAUUACGUUUUAAGUACUUUUCUUUCUAGUAGUCUGAUAUGAUGUGUCAGGUGAACAUGUGGUGGCUGCCCAUAAGCCAACUAGGGGGCCGCUUGGGUGUCUUUCCUCACAGAGGUUUUCGACCCAAGCUCAUCUGGACAUAUUGGACCAAGAAUUCUGAGAUUUUUUAAGUGUUUAUUAAAGUGGUGUGGCCUCUUUUCAGAGGCCAAGAGAGGGAUUGAAGGAUAGCAUUUUUUUAUUGUUAGAUUUUGCUAAACAUUUACUAAUAAAUGCAAACAUAAAGGGUUUCUUCUUUUAAAGGGUUAACAGUGAUAAUGUGUGUACAAGAAAGAGGAACCCAACUUCCUGCUACUGGAGGCCUGCUGCUAAGUGUGUGUGUGAGAGACGUAUAAAAAAGCCGUAAGGACAGCAUAAAGGCAGAGGCUGAUACAUUAGUACAUCUCUCCUGCGCAGAAAUUGUACUCUCUAACUUCCUGCAUUAAAAAUAAAACUUGUUAAUUUUCAAUUCAGAUCUCCAUCAAUUUUUGAACAUGCAAUGGACCAUUUGAGUCCAACAGUAGGGGGGGUUAUUUGUGGCUUCUUGCCCUUUAAAAGCCUCCACCCGUCAGUAGGUUAGAGGUCACUAAUGAAUGGGAUUAACUUAAAGGAAUCCUCUGUUGCUGUCACAUCACUUCCUGUCACACUGUCUUGGGCUGAUAUCACUCUGAACUGCCAGGCUCUCGUGGAUUCGGGAGCAGAGGGGAAUUUUAUUGACACAAGUUUUGCUUUUGGUUUGAGACUUCCCGUGAUUCCCCUGACUUAGUCUAUUUCUGUGCAUGCUCUUUGUGGGCUUUCCCUUCCCCACUAUCACUCACUCCACAGGUCCCAUCAGAUUGACUACAUUAGGCAAUCACUCUGAACUUAUAACUUUUUUUUUUUUUAACAGACACCGCUAAUAUGCCAGGGGUCCUUGGACAUCCAUGGCGGGUUCUUCAUAAACCUCAUAUUAAUUGGGGCCAGAAUUCUGUUUUGUCUUGGAGUGAUCAGUGUCAUGUAUCUUGUCUCUCGUCUGCUUGUUCGGCUGUGUCUUGUUCUGUGUUUCAGGAGGAGCGUGUGGAUCUGUCAAACGUGCCUAGUGAGUUCCUCGACCUGAAGAGAGUGUUUAUUCCAGAGAGGGAGGCCAUGGAGAAAUAUAUUUCUGAUUCUCUAGUGGCUAAGAUCAUCCACCCCUCUUCAUCACUAAGGUCACUCAGUCUAAGGUUCGCACUGCCUUGGAUGGGGUAACGCUCCCGGCCGGAUGCCCACCGAAUCGAUUGUUUGUGCCAUAGCAGAUGCGGUCUGAUGUCAUUCCAUGGGAACACUCUUCUAAAGUGGCUUGUCAUCCGGGGCUUAAUUCUUCUAUGCGGCAGUGUGGAAUAUGAAGAGCUUGAUGGGUGUGUGGAGGAGAGUGUUUGUUCUCUGCUGACGGCCUUGGCGGGACAAUGGCGAGCUUCUGAAGUGCAGAGUGGUGGGAUGAUGAAGAUGAGGAGUCAAUGAGUGAAGAGGAGGCAGCGAUAUGUCAGCUCUUGACCCAGCCAUGAGUGUAGGAGGCCUGACUU